AUGCCCACCAUCAGCGUUGAUAAAGCGAAGCUCUACGAAGCUCUCGGGCAAGAGUAUACCACAGAGGAGUUCGAAGAGUUAUGUUUCGAGUUUGGAAUUGAAUUGGACGAGGACACAUCAAAUUCGGAAAGACCAAUAGUCAACGGAAAGCAAGAACCUGCACAGCUUAAAAUCGAAAUUCCUGCGAACCGAUAUGAUAUGCUCUGUUUUGAGGGCAUAGCUCUCAUGCUGAAUGUCUUCAGGGAGAAGAAACCCUUCCCAAACUAUAGAUUGGUUAAACCUGAGAGUGGAAAUUUAGAGACCUUGACAGUUCACCAAGAUACUAUGAAAGUGCGACCAUACGUCUCGGCGUCGAUCCUGCGAAAUGUUACUUUCACUCAAGAUGGUUAUGACUCCUUCAUCUCGCUGCAAGACAAACUACACCAGAAUCUUGCCCGACAGCGCACCUUGGUUGCGAUUGGUACACAUGAUAUGGAUACAGUCAAAGGACCUUUCACAUACGAGGCACUUCCACCAAAAGAUAUCGUUUUCACACCUUUGAACCAAACUAAGGAGAUGAACGCGGAGGAAUUAAUGCAAUUUUAUGAGAACGACAAACACUUGGGGAAAUACCUACACAUUAUUCGGGACAAACCAGUAUAUCCAGUCAUUUACGACUCAAAUCGCACUGUCAUGUCCAUGCCUCCAAUCAUUAACGGAGAUCAUUCCAAGAUUACUUUGAAUACCAAGAAUGUUUUCAUUGAGAUGACUGGUACGGACCGCACAAAACUAGAAAUCGUAAACAAUAUCAUAGUUUCUAUGUUCUCUCAAUACUGCGCGGAACCAUUCACAAUUGAGCCCGUCGAGAUUAUUUCGGAGCACAACCAGGAAACCCGAACAACUCCCAAUCUCAGCCCACGGGAAACUGAGGCCGAGGUCGACUAUAUCAACAACUGCUGUGGUCUCUCAGAAUCCCCAGAAAAAAUUUGUGAGCUUCUCAAGAAAAUGUGCUUGUCCGCGAAACCCUCCACAAAGGAUAAGAAUUUACUGGAUGUCUCGAUACCAACAACCAGAGCCGAUGUUCUUCACCAAUGUGACAUCAUGGAAGACGUGGCUAUUGCUUACGGCUUCAACAAUCUUCCCCGUACAUCCCCAAACAAAGCCUCCACCAUUGCUCAACCCCUCCCAAUCAACAAACUUGGUGACAUAGUUAGAACGGAAACCGCCAUGGCAGGCUGGAGCGAAGUCAUGCCUCUAAUUCUCUGCUCUCACGACGAGAAUUUCGCUUGGCUCAACCGCAAAGAUGAUGGUACUACAGCUGUUCGACUUGCCAACCCCAAGACCGCUGAAUAUCAAGUUGUCCGCACAUCCCUCCUCCCCGGUCUCCUCAAAACCAUCCGUGAAAACAAGAAGCACAGUCUCCCCCUCAAAGUCUUUGAAGUGUCUGACGUUGCGUUCAAAGAUUUGAGCUUGGAGCGUAAAUCGCGAAAUGAGCGUCAUUUUGCAGCAGCCUGGUACGGCAAAACCAGUGGUUUCGAAGUUGUCCAUGGAUUACUCGAUCGCAUUCUGCUUAUGUUGCAAACCGCAUUCAUUACACAUGAGGAGGGGCUAGAGGGCAAGAAACAGGAUUUUGCAAUCAAGGAGAACCCAACAAAACCAGAUGGAUAUUGGAUUGAGGAGAUUGAUGAGCCAACCUUCUUUGCUGGUCAUGCGGCUGCGAUCUAUUUGCGGCUUGGAGGCAAGGAGGUGCGUGUUGGAGAGUUUGGUAUCUUGCAUCCUACCGUCUUGGAUAAAUUCGAAUUGAGAUAUCCUGUCAGUACUUUGGAGAUCAAUCUAGAAGUCUUCUUAUAA